ACCAAACAAUCUAGUCUUCCCAUUUCUUCAAUAUAUAUAUAUAUUCUCAUAGUUUUCUCUCUCUCUCACAUUUUGAAUAUUUAGGGUUCAUCGUCUCUGUUUGAUAAUCAAUAUAUAUCAUGGGUGAAGCUGUUGAGUUCUUCCAUUCUAAUGGCUACUCAGCUAAUAAGUUCACUACUCACAAUGAAUCAAAUGGAGCACUUAAUGAUGAUCAGAAUCAUCAAAGGGAUACAUGGUUCGAAGAAGAGAUUGAUGUUGAUCUCAAAUGGUCAUAUGCUAUAAACAGUGUGUUGCAUAAAGGAACUAGCGAGUACCAGGACAUUGUUCUUCUGGACACAAAGCGUUUCGGAAAGGUGCUGCUGAUAGAUGGGAAAUUGCAGAGUGCUGAAGUAGACGAGUUUAUAUAUCACGAAUGCUUAAUUCAUCCUGCUCUCUUAUGUCACCCCUCACCAAAAACUGUGUUCAUAAUGGGAGGUGGUGAAGGUUCUGCAGCUAGGGAAGCCAUUAAGCACAGAUCAAUAGAAAAGGUGGUCAUGUGCGAUAUUGAUCAGGAGGUUGUUGAUUUCUGCCGCAGAUAUCUGACAGCAAACCACGAAGCCUUUCACAACAAAAAGCUUAAUCUAGUGAUUAAUGAUGCCAAGGCUGAAUUGGAGAAGACGGAUAAGAAAUUCGAUAUUAUAGUGGGAGAUUUGGCUGACCCUGUUGAAGGAGGGCCUUGCUAUCAACUCUAUACAAAAUCCUUCUACGAGCGAAUUCUCAAGCCCAAGCUUAGUGAAAAUGGCAUUUUUGUCACUCAGGCUGGACCUGCUGGUGUGUUCACACACAAGGAAGUAUUUUCAUCCAUACACCACACAAUCAAACAGGUCUUCAAGUAUGUGCUGGCAUACACAGCUCAUGUGCCAUCUUUUGCAGAUACAUGGGGAUGGGUUAUGGCCUCAGACAAACCAUUCUCUAUCAAUGCUGAGGAAAUUGACAAGAAGAUUGAGGAAAGGAUGGAUGGGGAUGAGUUACUGUAUCUAAAUGGUGCCUCCCUCCUCUCCUCUACCAUCCUCAAUAAGAGUGUCUCCAUAACGCUGAAAAAUGAAACCCAUGUCUACACUGAAGAGGAUGCAAGAUUCAUUCAUGGUCAUGGAGUGGCCUACCGCAUUUGAGGCCUCAGGAUUCGGGUUGGGGGAAUUUGCUGUACAGAGGCCCAAAAAAGGAAUGAUUUUUAUCAAGAAAUAUGAAAUAGUGGUGGUCAACAAAAGUUCUAUGAAAUCUAAGCAAUUGUUUGAAGCUUUUGGUUUAGGCUUCUUGUGAUUGUUUUAGGACUCGAAGACUACAUAGUAUUUUAUCUAAUAUUCCAAAAUCAUGAGGCAAUCCUCCAUUACAAUUUCAAUUAUGUAUUUGGGAUCUCUUUCUGCUCA